AUGAAGAACGAAGCUGCAAUAAAUUCGGAGCAGGAGAAAUUGUUAGAAAGUGCGACACGUGUGAUUCGAAGCGAAUCCUUGGAAAUGAAACGAUGUCUUGACAAGGGAGAAACCAUGGAUGCUUUAAAGCACGCCUUGCAAUUUCUCACUGAGUUGAAAACAAGUGAACUGUCUCCAAAGUACUACUAUCGACUGUAUAUGGAUGCCGUUAGCGAGCUGCAGCAUCUUGAAUCAUUUUUGGUAGACGAGCAUGAACGAAAUAAAUCAAAUAUCGAGAAGCUCUAUGAAUGUGUGCAAUACGCCGGAGCAAUCAUACCACGAUUGUAUCUUUUGAUAACGAUCGGUGUCGUGUACAUUAAGUGUGGUGAGGAUACACGUCGAAACAUUCUUAGCGAUCUUGUUGAAAUGUGUCGAGGCGUUCAGAAUCCACUACGAGGUCUCUUCUUAAGGAACUACUUACUGCAAAGCACACGGACACUUCUUCCGGAUAGUCCUGAUUUAAAUACUACAGAGUAUGUUUUUGUUAAUGACUUGCCGGAGUCCGACAAAGAGCCACAAGAAUGUGAUGGCACUGUUUCGGAUGCAGUGCACUUUGUGCUCGUGAAUUUUGCGGAGAUGAAUAAGCUAUGGGUCCGAAUGCAGCAUCAGGGUCCGUCUAGGGAGCGUGAGAAACGAGAAAAAGAUCGCAUGGAACUGCGCAUCCUUGUCGGCACGAAUCUUGUACGAUUAUCGCAACUUGAAAAUUUAACAGAAGAAAUGUAUGUGAAGGAGGUACUGCCAAGUAUUCUAGAGCAAGUCGUCUCAUGUCGCGAUCGCAUCUCUCAGGAAUACUUGAUGGAAUGCGUUAUUCAAGUAUUUGGAGACGAUUUUCACUUAGCAACAUUGAAUGAAUUCUUGCAAGCUUGUGGUGACCUAGUACCAGAGGUGAAUGUUAAAAAUAUUCUCAUUGCAUUAAUAGAGAGAUUAGCAAUCUUCUCCGCGAAUCCUGAAGGAAGAGGAAUACCUGCUGAGAUUCAGCUGUUCGAUAUUUUCUCGGAGCAAGCAAAGAACCUUGUGAAAAAUCACACUGAUAUGUCUACAGAGGAUAUCGUUUCCCUUUAUGCUGCUAUUGUUAAUCUGGCAAUAAAGUGUUAUCGAGAUCGUCCAGAAUUUGCGAAUACUACGUUCGGAAGCUUAAAAUGUAUAUUAGAGGAGAGGAAAAAGACUGCCGUUGAACCUUUCGAUGCCGUUGGUCGUGAGUUAAUGAAGCUUAUACGAUUGCCCGUUGACGCGCACAAUAAUGCUCUGAAAGUUGCCGAACUCACGGAGUUUGUCCCCGUUAUGGAGUGCUUCAAAUAUCACGGACGUUGUCUCGCGUCUUCGUACAUCAUUCAGAACAUGCUGGAGAACGAAACUUUUAUGAGAACUGAAGGCGAUGUUGCUGUGAUGUGUGCGGUCUUGCAUUCAGUUCUGGUAGAUCAACCGGAUCAACCUGUGAAUGCCUCGGAAACUGAAGAUUUUGAGGAUGAGCAGCAUCUAGUGGCCCGUCUUGUUCAUCUCAUACAGGCUGACACACCAGAUGAGCAAUUUUUGCUGCUAAACAAUGCUAGAAAGAUUCUUGGUGCUGGUGGAAAGAUUCGAAUUAAAUACACCCUCGCUCCUAUUGUAUUCGAACUGUACAAGCUGAUUCUGCGGUUUGUGCAUCUUAAGGAUGAGGAAAACUGGGAAGCAAAAAUUCGUAAGAUGUUUAUGUGUGCGAUGGGAACAAUCGGUGCUUUGAUCACAACGGCAGAGAUGUCUGAAUUACCACUAAAGCUGUACUUAGAGGGAGCAAUGGUUGCUGAUAAAGUGCCAUUGUCAGACUCUUCUUCGGUAGUCUAUGAAUUCAUAUCAAAGGCAAUGUCCGUUUUCGAGGAUGAGCUCUCAGAAUCCCGUGAACGAAUAAAUGCACUGUCUUUGAUAACGGGCACCAUGUUAGAAAUAGGAAAUUUGCCAACAGAAAGUUGGGAUACAUUAGUUGGACAGAUUGUUAUUGCUGCUUCCGCAAAGGUGUUCAAAAAGGCCGAUCAGACACAGACGCUGUGUACAGUCGUGUCAUUGUAUUGGAAAGGACAGACUACCGAAUCCAACGGACCAGUAAGAAACGGUGAAAAGGUGGUGGAAGUGAUGAAGAAAGCCACUAAGAUAGCGUCCCAGUGCCUUGAACCUAUUGUUCAACAACAGCUUUUUAUCAAAAUAAUUGACACUCUGCUAUAUUACUACGAAGAUAAUUGUCUAGAAAUAACCGAGGAUAUGCUCGUAGAAUUACUAUCUCGUUCGAAAGACAAUGCCGUCCAGCUUGAUGUCAGUGCGGAAGCAGAUGCACUAGAAAAGCAUCUUGCCAUGACGUUGCAACAUAUUAAACGAUUUAAAGACAAACGACCAGAGCUUGCAGAGCGAUUACAGUUGUAG